AUGCCUGACGCUUUUGAAAGUGCGUAUCCCCUCGCACCUACUCUUAGUCCGGAGGACAUACGCGCACGAGCAAAUUCGUCUUCCAAAACUAAACGACCAGUUAUAACUUUCUUGGCCGGCGAUGAAUCCGUAGAAAUACCAGACAAAUCAGAGGUUGGUAUAAUGAGGCCGUUAAGGAAAUCGGAGUUCGAAUUGGACUGUUUCGCAGAACCGGUUAUGAUGGAAGCUCUUCCAAGCAGUACUUGGCUUGACAAAAGAGAUCUUCAACACAGAAUUUUUGUAAAUAGAUCGCUACAUUUAGAAAAUGUUAAAUUUUAUGGAUUUGAUAUGGACUACACAUUGGCAGAGUACAAAUCACCACAGUAUGAAAAUUUAGGAUUUAAUUUAACCAAAGAGAGAUUAGUACACAAGGGUUAUCCAAAGGAAAUAUUGGAAUUUGAGUACGAUCCUUCAUUUCCUGUAAGAGGUCUGUGGUUCGACACAUUAUAUGGGAAUCUAUUAAAAGUUGAUGCUUACGGCAACAUCUUAGUAUGCGUCCACGGAUUUGAAUUUCUUAAACAUUCACAAGUAUACGAAUUGUACCCCAAUAAAUUUUUACAGUUAGACGAGUCGAGGGUAUAUGUGUUGAACACUCUAUUCAACUUGCCAGAGACGUAUCUCAUAGCUUGUUUGAUAGAUUUUUUCACUAAUUCGCCGCAAUACCAAAGAGAAAAAACUGGGGUAAGAGCAGGAGAUCUAGCGAUGUCAUUCAAAUCAAUCUUCCAAGAUGUAAGAAAUGCGGUCGACUACGUACACAUUCACGGUGACUUGAAGGUCAAGACCACAGAAAAUAUGGACUUAUAUCUAAAUAAAGAUGAUAGGUUGCCUACCUUCUUGUCGAGGAUAAGAGAGAGUGGCGCCAAGGUCUUUAUUUUAACAAACAGCGACUACAACUUUACGGACAGAAUAAUGAACUAUCUAUUCGACAUCCCACGGGACAAGGCCGGGGUAAAGACAAAAGAGCCUCCAAGAAAUUGGAAGACUUACUUUGAUUGGAUCGUAGUGGACGCAAGGAAACCACUAUUUUUCGGCGAAGGAACGACGCUGCGUCAAGUAGACACAAAAACGGGUGCUUUGAAAAUGGGUAACCAUGUUGGACCACUUCACGAAGGACUCGUUUAUUCAGGAGGUUCUUGCGACGUAUUCACCCAAAUGAUAGGUGCUAAGGGCAAAGACGUGCUGUACGUCGGAGACCACAUAUUCGGAGAUAUUCUCAAGUCCAAAAAAAUCGGCGGUUGGCGCACUUUUCUCAUCGUUCCGGAACUGGUCCAGGAACUUCAUGUGUGGACGGAUAAGUGCCAGCUGUUCCAGCAGCUACAAAAUUUAGAUGUAGAACUAGGUGAUAUGUACAAAGACUUGGACUCGAGUACAAAAGAGAAGCCAGACAUCUCGAAGCUGCGUAUGGCGAUCCGCGAUGUGACACACAAGAUGGAUCUCGCGUACGGCAUGCUCGGGUCUCUAUUCCGCUCCGGAUCUAGGCAAACUUUCUUCUCUUCACAGGUGGUGAGGUAUGCAGACCUAUAUGCAGCGUCAUUCCUGAAUCUGAUGUACUACCCAUUCUGUUAUAUGUUCCGUGCUCCGGCUAUGCUCAUGCCGCAUGAGUCGACCGUUGCACACGAACAGCGUUUCACAGUGGACACACCAACUAUUGACAGAUCGAGAGUUCCGACACAACGUAAUACCAUCGCCGUCACAACGGAAGAACACUCCGAAGACUCCGUCGGUCAAGUCGAAUUUAAUCCUCAGGACCUCAAAGCGUCGACGUCGGUGCCGCACGUGCGGCCCGAGACGCCGCGCCAGCUCACGCACACGCACGACGAGGACUGCUCCGACGACGAGGACGUCACCAAGACCGCUCAAGCUAAAUAG